AUGUCCAGAUCAUUUAAUGGGUGUAAACGGUGCAAAGCCAGACGACAGAAAUGUGACGAACAGCGACCCGUCUGCGGUCGUUGUGAAGCGGCUGGGGUGCAGUGUCGAUAUGCGAUGCAGCUACAGUGGGGAGGACGGACUUUUUCGCGGUCGAGGUUAGGGGCCUGUAUGAGCAAUGGAGGAUUGCAGAAGCUUGAAUACUCCCCCGGUGAAUUUAUCUACACAACUAAGUCCCCCUCCGCUACGUCGAGUACAGCGCUCUCUCCGCGUGUUGACCCCUUCUCCUCUCUGUCUCCGGACCAAAAGUCGUUACUUCAUCAUUUCAUCCAAGAUGCGUCGCAAAUUACGGCAUGUCACUCCAGCAUGCAAAGGAAUAUCUGCAAGAUGCUUGUCCCAAUGGCGCUCCAGACCCCUUCGUUAUUAUAUGCGACGAUGGCGCUGUCAGCAAUCCAUCUACAAGCACUAAACAAUCAGUCGGAGAACGUCAAAUCCGCCCCGCAUAUUGCCCGGUUAAUGGCGCUCAGCCUCGAGCACUUCCGUAAGGAACUACAGAACCCAAGCACCAAGGAGUCGGAUGCGCUCCUCGCAACGGCGCGCACGCUCUGUUUAGCGGAAAUCCACUCCGGGGCUAUUCAUCCGAACUCGUGGCGAGCCCAUGUUGAGGGUGCAAAGGCUCUUAUGCUUGCGACGAAUCGCAAGGGAAGUGAAUCACCGGGUUCGUCGCAGGGUUUCCGUCGGUACUUGGACCGGUGGUACCAGUCGAUUGUCUCUCUAACAGCACUGACGGGGAACGGGCCGCCCAUCGAAGAGGCCACGGAACAGUCAGCCUCCGAGAUCAUCCGCCAACAAGACGCACCAGACUACCUCGACGACUACUGGGGCUUCACAGUAAACCUGUCGGCCAUCUUCCGCGCAAUCGGGGCGGCAGCCUGGCGGAGUCAGCACGACACACAAAGAACGGGGUUGAUUUCAUCAGACGGCGCCGAUGCGGCCAUCGCACAGGAGGCGGCUGUCCUCGAAUCCUCUGUGCGGACGCUCAUGGCUCGGGACGCGAGUUCGCAGCCUACAUUCUACCCAGGUGUCGCGGAGGGCCUCUCGACCGAAUGCGUGCGGGAAUUCAUGCUCUGCAACGAGGCGUUCCAGGACAGUGCGCUCAUCCAGAUCAACCGACGGCUCCGUAGACUGCCCGCCUCCUCGCCCCUCGUACAGCUCUCCGUCAAGCGGAUUCUAGAGUGCACGGCGCAGAUUGGGCCGUCUACGGGGCUGAGUCCGUGGACGAUGCUCACGACCCCGUUGUUCAUUGCGGGCUGUGAGGCCCAGGCUGAGGAUCGCGAGAGGGUCCGGCAGUUGCUUUCAUUGCUGCAUGAUACCAUCCGUGUGCCGAACGUGCUUCAGUCAUUGAAAUUUCUGGAACAGUACUGGGCUAACCAGCUGAAUGAGGAUGAGGGCUGGAGUCAGUAUCUAGGUAACUUGCUCCUUUUUCGAUAUGUGAGUCGAGCUAACAAGGUCCAGAUCGAAUGA